AUGGCGCUCAGAGAUGGAGGAGAAGCCAUUGAAACACACCACCGUCCCAUCUAUGCUAGGAGAUUGAAGUGCGAGAGAGAAGAAAUGGCAGUUUACCUCGCCGUGAACGCCAGAUCGGAGUUCCGGUGUCAUCCACGCUCAGUACCGGGUGCUCGCUCGGGCGGCCUUCCUUGCGCCGGCUGGGAGACCCGCGCCCGCACAGGUGGCCUGGUGCUAGGCGCGACGGCGGCUCAGUACCGGGUCAGACGUUCUGGUGGACAGUGCGAGGAGCGGCCCUGGGGCGAACACGAUGGAGAGCGGAGGCAAUGCGGGAGGCGACAAAGGACGGAGCGUCGGCGGAGGAAGCGCAGCGCAGCGCCGGGCGUGCGUGCGGCCGGAGCGGCCCUGUUUUUCACAUUCCGUGACAGCGCUGGGGUAGAUGAGGCUGGAACUUCGCGGAAGGUUCCAUGGCGGCAGUGCUCUGGUGGACGUUGA